AUGUUCUCCCUGUUUCGCAUAGAGGACGUGAUAAAGAUUGAGCCCCAUUUUAUGGAGGAGGAGUUAAAAAAUGUGAUUGAGUUUUUGAUAAGGGCCAAGUACGUCGACAAGGUGCUGCAAAAUGUGGGUCUGUGCGUCGGCCUGUACGACAUACUGGAGGUGAAGAACAGGGAGAUUCUAAAGGGCACAGGGGAGAUUCGAUUCGACGUGAUUUUCCGGCUGGUAUAUUUCCAGCCGUUUGAAAAUGAAAUUAUUGAGGGCUUCGUAAAAAACUCGGACUCGAAUGGGAUUAUAAUCAGCAUAGGCUUCUUCGAGAACAUCCGGGUGAACUGCGCGAAUCUGAGGGAGCCCAAGGAGUUUGAUAUGGAGAAGAAGGAGUGGUACUGGACCUUCGAGGGGAUAAAAUUUUUUUACACAAAGGAUGAGUUGAUCAGAGUGCGCGUGCUGGACACCUAUUUUAGCGACCCCAACGAGAUGCGGAAGGACGAGACGACGCCGUCGAUGUCCAUAACGGGUACCGUGCAGCAGGACGGGCUAGGCCUGGUCAAAUGGUGGAACUAG